AUGGAUACUGAUACCUUUCACUUAUAUUCAUACUAUUGCUCAUCAUGCUGCCAACGGAUCAUUAUCGCCGCCCAUCUCAAGGGUAUCCCACUCGAGUUUACCUACAUCGACCUCGGCGCUAAAGCGCACAAAACCGACAAAUAUAAACAAUACAACCCGAGCGGUAGUGUGCCCACAUUGGAAGUGACCAGCGCGAACGGCGAAAAGACCAUUAUUCGCCAAUCGAUGACCAUUCUAGAAUAUUUCGAAGAGCGAUUCCCAGAUGUGUCUCCACUUUUCCCUCCCGCAUUGCGGGAUCGGGUGCGGGUGCGCGACCUAGUGAACAUCAUCGCUAUCGAUACGCAGCCCCCCACCAACUCCCGCAUAACGCAGCGGGUGAAAUCAAUUCGCGGACAGCUCGAUGACCAGGUCGAUUUUGCCAGACAGGUCUUCACUGAUGGAUUCACGGCUUACGAGAGGCUGUUGAUUGAGCAUGCUGGAGCAGGGGAUUACUGUUUUUCUUUUGGCGGCUCUGUCUCCAUGGCGGAUGUGGUUCUAGUCCCAGCCGUUGAUCAGGCUUUGAUGUAUCGAUUGGACUUGGAUUUUGCGCCUAAUGUCAAGCGAAUUUAUCUCGCUCUGAAGGAACUGGAGGCUUUCAAGGCUGCUGAUUGGCGGAAUCAGGGGGAUACACCGGAGAAAUUCCGCAUUUAG